CUCGUGGUGCCGUUCAGCCGACGAUUACGGGUGACUGUAUGGGUCCCUCCACUUUUAAUACAUUUCCUUUCCCCCUUUACUCUUUUUAGAGCUAUUUUCUCUUCUAUCUCCCCUUCUCUGUAAAGUUUGCUUUUUUAUUUUUAUUUUUCUGUUGCCUUGCGUCCACUCAUGGCGUCUUCAAGGGAAGGACACUACAGGGGUGUGAGGAAGAGACCAUGGGGCCGCUACGCUGCCGAAAUACGUGACCCUUGGAAGAAAAGUAGGGUGUGGUUGGGUACAUUCGACACUCCUGAAGAGGCUGCGCUCGCUUAUGAUGGUGCAGCUCGCUCUCUCCGUGGAGCUAAGGCCAAAACCAACUUCCCCACGCCAGCUACUGGUCUUUCUCUGGACCUCAACGCCCCUUCUGAUUCUCACCAUCUCUGGAGCUCAACUGCUGGUCACCGCUUCGCCCUUGGUGAGUUCCUGCAAACUGGGGUUCUUAAAGAGAUUAGCUUUAACGGGGAGGCCUCGGGGUCGAUCAAAAAAGAGAGUGCUGUUACUGGUGGUGGUGGUGCUAGUGCUGGUACUCCGGUGCCGGAAACUAGUGUUCAGCCGUCGUUUUUGGGGAUUGUGCGACGUGGGUUGCCUAUAGAUUUGAACGAGCCUCCACCGUUGUGGCUGUGAUAUUUACUUAACGAUUGGCGAUGGGUUCUGUCGUUACUGUAGGGCAUUUUCCGGCUGGUUUUAAUCUUACUACUUUUCUCCUUUUUAAUCUCCCUUUUCUUACUUUUUCAUCUCAUUAUCUCUGUUUUCAAAGGGAGUAAUUACAUCAAACCAUUAUUAAAAAAAAAAAAGAAAAAAAAACUGAGCGGUUUGUAUAUAUUAUAUGUUUCUGUGUUUUUUUUGAAAUUCCUUUUUUACCUGAUCUAAGAUAUUAUCAUAUAUAAUCUUACGCA